AGCAGGGUAACAUCUGAUAAAUCAGUGAUCCUUCAUCAGUAGGAGAUGGCGUGCCCUAAAGGUCCCCAGGAGCCCAGAUUGCCCAUAAUCGUGUUCUUGCCCUAUAAGGACUGCCAGGCAAUAAUGAAGGUUCUUUUACUGAAGGAUGCGAAGGAAGAUGACUGUGGCCAGGAUCCGUAUAUCAGGGAAUUAGGAUUAUAUGGACUUGAAGCCACUUUGAUCCCUGUUUUAUCAUUUGAGUUUUUGUCUCUUCCCAGUUUCUCUGAGAAGCUUUCUCAUCCUGAAGAUUACGGGGGACUCAUUUUUACCAGCCCCAGAGCAGUGGAAGCAGCAGAGUUAUGUUUGGAGCAAAACAAUAAAACUGAAGUCUGGGAAAGGUCUCUGAAAGAAAAAUGGAAUGCCAAGUCAGUGUAUGUGGUUGGAAAUGCUACUGCUUCUCUAGUGAGUAAAAUUGGCCUGGAUACAGAAGGAGCAGCCUGUGGAAAUGCAGAAAAGCUUGCAGAAUAUAUUUGUUCCAGGGAGUCCUCAGCACUGCCUCUUCUAUUUCCCUGUGGAAACCUCAAAAGAGAAAUCCUGCCAAAAGCGCUCAAGGACAAAGGGAUUGCCAUGGAAAGCAUAACUGUGUAUCAGACAAUUGCACACCCAGGAAUCCAAGGGAACCUGAACAGCUACUAUUCCCAGCAGGGGGUUCCAGCCAGCAUCACGUUUUUUAGUCCCUCUGGCCUCACAUACAGUCUUAAGCACAUUCAGGAGUUAUCUGGUGACAAUAUCGAUCAAAUUAAGUUCUGGAGGCUGGCAAGUCCAAGAGCAAGACUUGAUGUCUGACGAGAGCCCGGUUUCUGUUGCCAGAUGGUGCCUUGAACACUGUGUCCUCAUAUGGCAGAAGGGCAAAGGGCUGAAUGCUCUCUGAAGCCUGGCUUCUAAGGGCAGGAUGGUAGAGCCUUAUGAUUCAAUCACCUCCUCAAGGCCCCACCUCUUAAUACGGUUGCACUGGGGAUUAAGUUUCAACAUGAAUUGUGGAGGGAACACAAACGUUUAAGCCACAGUAAUCCCAAAGGGGAAUCAUCUUACCCCACUGGGGAGAGCUGUCAUGCAACUUUUCAGAUUUGACUUUCAGAAGCACAGUCUUUGACCAGAGCUGGUGGAAUGGACAGAACUGCCAGUCUUCAAACAGAACAAGGAUCGUGGUGGGUGCCCAAGCUCCUCCUGAGCACCCCUUCCCAGCAUCCGAGGUCCCGCCUUUCCCCUGCAGCAUUCGGUGUGGGCCCAAUGAGGAAUGGAUCCCCUGGGUCACAGUGUAGGACUGUGCCUUCCCCGGAAAGCCCAGUGUCCUAGAGCCCAGGAAAGUGUUCUAGGGUGCGGCACAGUCAGAAAAACAGAGAGGAGUUGAUGAUAGCCACAGGGUUUCACCCCGGGAGGCACAGCCUACACCAAUCUCAGAACUGCACAGAGGUUCUUUAAUAAGUAGCCAGUCCUGGCAUUGUCCACUCAAAAUGUUCCACCUGAACUUACAGUGAACCCAGACUCCUCAUUUGCCCUAUGGGUCCUUCCCCAUCUGACCUUCACCUGCUCCUCUUCAUCCUCCCGUCCCAGCUCACUCCUCCCACUCAUGUCCAGCAAGGCUGUUCUUUCUUCCCUACUAUUGUAGGUUUUCCCAGCCAGUCCCAGCCUCAGGGCCUGUGCACUUGCCCUUUCCUGGCCUAAAAUCUACACCACUCCCGAACCCCCAGUCACAUGUGACUGAGUCCCUCUGAUCUUUCUGCUACUGCCCAGAUUUCAUCUGCACAAGAGGUCUUUCCUGCUUACCUGAACAUUCACUCUUCCCCAUAGACACUCACUUUCCCUAAUUCUAUUCCUAGCACCUGUCACUAUUGGAAUUUUUCAUUUCUUUUUUGUUUAUUGUCUGUCUUCCCUACUUAGGAUCUACAUUCCAUGAGGGUAGGUGUGAUGGUUAAUACUGAGUGUCCACUUGAUUCGAUUGAAGGAUGUAAAGUAUUGAUCCUGGGUGUGUCUGUGAGGGUGUUGCCAAAGGAGAUUAGCAUUUGGGUCAGUGGGCUGGGACAGGCAGACCCACCCUUAAUCUGGGUGGGCACCAUCUAAUCAGCUCCUAGAAUACAAAGCAGGCAGAAAAACGUGAAUAGACUAGACUGGCUUAGCCUCCCAGCCUGCAUCUUUCUCCUGUGCUGGAUGCUUCCUGCCCUGGAACAUCGGACUCCAAGUUCUUCAGCUUUGGCACUCAGACUGGCUUCCUUGCUCCUCAGCUUGCAGAUGGCCUAUUGUGGGACUUUGUGAUCGUGUGAGUUAAUACUGCUUAAUAUAUCUACCCUAUUCGUUCUGUCCCUCUAGAGAACCCUGACUAAUAUGGUAGGGAAUGAAUUCAUCAUGUUCAUUUCUGUAUUCCCUGUCCCUAGGACAGUAAUAAAUAUUUGCUGCAUGAUGACUGAAUGAAUAACUAACAGCCCCACACAGGCCUGUGCACACCUGCUCUUCUUGGAGACCUUUGACAUAAAAUUCUCAGUUCUCAUCUGCAAAAUCACAGUGCCCAAAGAACUUUAAUUCAUUUCCUGCAAGCCCUCUGGAUACUGGGGUAGAAAUUCCUGCAGCAAACCUGAACCUCUACUUACUUUUUCCUUCUCAUACUCUGCCCUUCCCCUGCCCCGAGAGUCAGCACCUCAGGGCUGUGUGUGACCCACCAAGAAGAGAGGAGGAAAGGAAACACUCAGGAAAGUGGGAGAUGCGGGGGUUGCUGUGCAGUGCACGAGCCCACGGGGAAGGGGCUGUAGUCAUGAGUUUAAAGGAAAUGGAUGAGCAAAUGGAUGAGCAAAUGAGUGCUCAGCAAGAUGGAGGAAACAGAAAGCCAGAUCCGCCCAGGGUGCGGCCCCCAGUGCAGGGGUGGUAGGAGGCUCUCAGGCAAGGGCUUGGUCGGCAUCUGUGGGAUCUGAGCUGGACAGGGUAAAAACCAAGGAUCCAAGACAACUUAGGUGGGUGAGGCAGAAGGACCCUCAGGACCCUCAGUGCAGUUGGGGGUCAGAGGGCCAGUGAUAGGGACAAGAGGGUGAGAAGCUCCGAGGAGCGCCAGCGGUGGGCAUCAGGGGCUGCCUAUGCCUGUGGGAUCAGAGGCGCAGCAGUCCAGGGGGUGUCAGGGCUGGGCCAGGCGAGGCCAGGCCAUGGGUGACUCAAGUGGAGUGGAGGUGAGAAUCUUCAGAUCACAGUCACGGAGGGGGAGGUCAGAGCAAUGCACCAGUCAUUCACAGGGAUGCCAGGGUCAGCCAGGACAAUGGAAGGCCAUGGAAUACAGGAGAACCCUGCAAGAAAAGGGGCAAAUGCAUCUUGGGGAGAGGACAGCUACUAGGAAGGCUGGAAGUGACCCAGAAAACUGUCAUGAGGCUCACAGGAGCAGGGCACUUCCCUGAGUGGAGGCAGCCAUCAGGGACAGGAAAACCCAUCCUGCUCUUUGACCUGUGCAGCCUUCACCAGGGAGGAAAGGGCAAGCUGUAGUCUCUACUGGAGACAGGUGUUAGGGAAUGAGGAGCAUAUUACAGGUCUUUCUGGGUACAGACUAAGCAUUUAGUGGCCUGUAUUAGGGUUGUCUAACUGCUGCACCCACCAACCCCAAAUCUUACGCUCCACACAAUACAGUUGUGUUUCUUGCUCCUGUCACAGAGCAGUCAAGGGUUUGAGGGUGGCCUUCCAUAGGGGGAUUCAGGGAUCCAAGCCACUUCUGCUGAAUGCUCUGCGUCUGGUCAGGAAUUGAGGGAAGAGAAAUCACAGAGAUUACGAGGGUGGUCUUAGAGUUCAGGCCUCCAAGUGGCACACAUCACUCUAUCCACUUUUUUUUUCCUUUUGAAACAGGGUCUCAUUCUGUCAUCCAAGUUGUUGUGCAGUGACGUGAUCUCGGCUCAUUUCAGCCUUAACCUCCUGGACUCAAGUGAUCCUCCAGCCUCAGCUCCCCUAAGUAGCUGGAACUAUUGGCACACAUGCCACUACACCUGGCUAAUUUUUGUAUUUUUAGUAGAGAUGGGGUUUCACCAUGUUGCCCAGGCUGGUCUUGAACUCUUGCUGGUCUUGAACUCCUGGAUUCAAGCAAUCCACCCACCUUGGUUUCCUAAAGUGUUGGGAUUAUAGGUGUGAGCCACCACGCCCGGCCGAUGCUGAGCUAAUUUUUAAACAUUUUUUGAUAGAAAUGAGGUCUCAUUUUGUUGCCCUUGCUGGUCUCAAACUCCUGGCCUCAGUCCUCCUGCCUCAGCCUCCCGUAAUGCUGGGAUUAUGGGUCUGAGCCACUGCACCUGGCCUCUCCGUAUUUCUAUGAUUCUCAAUAUUCCCAUGGACGGCUGUGACCCAGUCAGUCUGCACUCUCGGGAGGACGUCUGCUCAGAUAAAAGCCCAGUUCAGGGAAGGCUCUGUCUUCAGGAUCCCAGAGAAACUUGAGGCUUCUCCAUGAGGGGAAAAAGUAAGUGGACUGAGGUGAUUCUAGUUUAUCCUUCUAUAAAAAUCUUUACCCACAGAAUGGGACACUGUGCAGUCAUUAGCUAGAACAAUAAAUACUUACAUUCAGAAACAGAAAA